UUUCCCUCUUCCUUGACUUGAUCCUUUUCUUGUGGUUUUGCAGUUCAUUUACAGUAAUGGUAAUGGGAAAUGCUAGUAGUGGAAGAGAUGACGAAGGAACAUCAGGAGUGAAGAAGAAUGAAUAUGAAGUGGGUGAAGAGAAUUCUAACCCUGAUCCUAUGCUUCACUCCGCUCCCCAUGCCCCAAGGGCUUUGCAGCCCCCUUCGAUAUCUGUUCGUCAGAACCCCAUGGCUCCCUUGACAAUACCUGGUGAAACAAGUCGAGAAUGGAAUCAAGUUCUGAUGCAAAAUGCAAGACAGCAUAAUGGUACUGUUUGUGUUGAGAAAAGGAGUGCAGCGAUGAUAGUAUGGAGUCGUGGUGGUAAGGAAGUAGCAGUCACUGGAUCAUGGGACAAUUGGCAAACAAUAGAGACCUUGCACCCUUUAAAUAAAGAUUUCAUCAUCACAAAGAUUCUCCUACCCGGCGUUUACCACUACCGCUUCAUUGUUGAUGGACAAAUGACAUAUGCUUCUGAAUUACCAUGGAACUGUGAUAAUGCUGGGAUUGCUUACAAUAUUUUUGAUUUACAGUGUCUUAACAAGAAUCUCGGAACAUUCAUUGCUGGCAUUCCUUGCUGUCUAUGGAACAAUAUAAGCAUUUGGGAGUGUAAAUGCAUUAUAGCUGGGAAAGAUGCUGAGAAUGUCUUAGGAUUGCUGAUAACAUUUUGUCUGCUAAUGGCUUAAGAUCUGUUAUUUUAAACAGGAAAUUCUUUUUCCAUGAACAGGAAUCUGCCACAUCAUAAGCAGCUACAAAUAGGGUAGCGAUUGUCACCUCAUGCUUUUUCUGUUUAUUCAAACGAAGUUUGCAUAGACUUUUAGGUGUCCAUGUUUGACAUGUACACCAUGCUAGAUGCUUGAUCCCAUGUCCAAUGUAACAUAGUGAUGAGUAGUAACUUUCAAUGAAUUGUGAUUCUUUCACUGCCAUUUUCAUGCCGUUUCUGUUAUUUCUCUGACAAUAUCCUGCUGUUACAACUAGAGCGAAACCAUGCCAUCUGCAGCACAAAGCUCCUCAAGUACCACCAGAACACAGGUGUACUUUUUUUUCUCUUUCUCUCUUCUUAAGGUAAGGCAAUUCAUUCAAUAUUGGAAGUGUUCAAGGUGGUUGUUCAGCGCUUAGCACCACUUGAAGUAGGAUGAUAAUGGUUCUAGUAAAGAAACUAUCUUUCUGAAAAAGAGAUUUUAAUUUCGCUGCAUUCUAACAACAUGUAGGCUACAAUCAAGCAACAUAUGAUGCCACUUCCUUUGUCUUCCAGUGGGUUAAGUCAGGAGUUUACUCCUAACAGGCUUGCAGAGUUUGGGUCUCCUCCUUCCCCAUUAUCAAGCUAUGACAAUGAACCCUUAAAUGAUAGUGAUUUUAUUAAGUAUCCUCCUGACCUACCUCCACAACUUCAAAUGACAAUACUAAACGAACCAUCAUCCACAAUUGGAACAGACCAGUACCUUCUGGUGCCUAAUCACACAACCCUGAACCAUCUUUACAUCCAAAACAGUGAUGGCAGCCAGCCUGUUGCACUAGGCGUGACACACCGGUUUCUUCAAAAGUAUGUGACUGUAAUAAUAUACAAGGCCUUUUUUAGGUGAAAACUAAAGUUUUGUCUCUUAA